AAAGCGGAACCCAAACCGCUGUGCUGCGUAUCCCGGUGCUGAUGUCAGCCUCGCUGGCACCUCCGUCAUUAGAGGGAGCUGGCAUCUUCCACAGAAACCGCAGGAUCCGACUUUGGGUGGACCAGAGGGAUCCCGGGUUGGAGAGGGAAGUCUGCGCGAAUGACGGGGGAAGGGGAGUCCCGCCAAGGUCCUGCCCGGCCCCGCCGCCGCAGAGGCGGCCUGCCCCCCGCUGGCCUCAACGGGCCUCCGGUUCUGUUCCUGGGGGCUUCUUUGUCCGCUUGCUUACCACCUAGGACUAUUCCUAAAUUUACAUCAGCGUUUUGCAUUUUUUUCGACUCAUUAAUUUUGGGGACUGGUGCUGGUUUGCAGCUGGACUGGGAAGAGGAGAGCAUUUGGUGACCUUUCAGCUUGUUCAAAUUACCUUUGCAAGUGGUGGCUGUAUCAGAAGGGCUCUGAACCAGACAGCUGAAAGUACUUGAAAGCAGCUGUGCUGUUUGAAGGAUCAGUGCUUCCUCUGAAAGCCUACCAGAUGGAUUUCCAGAGCUGGCUUGCCUUCCCGGUGGGAGUAUUGCUGUGCUGUGCUCUUCAGACAUCUGCCAUUCAACAACCUGCACCUCACAACUGCGCCAGUGACGGUCAAAGAAUAUCCUUCAGCCACUCCUACAAAAUUGACCUGCCCACGUCCUCCCAGAUUAAGGUGGAGGCAGAUCCAUUACACCAUGAAGACAACAAUGAGGUGCAGCUAGGUCCUGGGGAGGCUGAGGAAAAUGAAGAGCAGAAUAUCAUCUUUAGGCACAACAUCCACGUACACGCACCCAAAGGGGAGUGUGAAACUUUGACCCACAUUAAGGGUCUACUUGAGAGGAUGGAGAAGCUGGAGAAAGAAGUGGCAGAGCUGAGAGAAGUCUGCAGCCCUCAGAAGUGCUGUGGGGGAAGCCAAGGUGUCUCGCAUUGCAGUGGCCAUGGGACUUUCCUCUAUGAGACUUGCAGCUGUGAGUGUGCUGAGGGUUGGGAGGGCAGCGACUGCUCCCGCUCCGCCUGCCCCAGCCACUGCAGCGGCCGUGGGCACUGUGAUGGUGGGAAGUGUGUCUGUGAUGAGCCUUACUUUGGCGAGGACUGCAGCCAGCAGCUCUGUCCUGAGAACUGCAGUGGCAACGGCAUCUGUGACACAGCCAAAGGGGUCUGCCAGUGCUACGAGGAGUUCAUUGGAGAGGACUGCAGUGAGAAACGAUGUCCUGGGGACUGCAGUGGCAAUGGGUUCUGUGACACUGGAGAGUGCUACUGCCACGAUGGCUUCUUUGGCCUUGACUGCUCCCAGGUGCUUGCUCCUCAGAACCUGCAACUGCUGAACUCCACAGAGAACUCUCUGGUUGUCAGCUGGGAUCAAAUGAUUGAUGUGGAUAAUUACCUCAUUAGCUAUUAUCCAGUAGGGCAUGAGACAUCGGUGAAACAAGUCCACGUGCCCAAAGAGCAGCUCAGCUAUGAGAUUGUGGAUCUUCGCCCCGGCACCACAUAUAAUGUCACGCUUCGUCAUGUGAAGAAGGGGAUUGCCAGUGAGCCCGAGUAUCUAGAAGGAAGUACAGUCCUGUCUGCACUCCGUGCCAUCUGGGUGACAGAGGAGAUGGAGCACUCCCUGGAAGUGGAGUGGGAGAACCCACCAACAGAUGUAGAUUAUUACAAGCUGAAAUUCAGAUCCCUCGUGGGGAUGGAUGAGAAGCAGGUCAUGGUGCCCAAAAGCAACGAUCCUAAGAGCAGACACAUCAUCCCUGGUCUGAAACCUGGCACAGAGUACAAGGUCACAGUCAUACCCGUGAAAGACAAUACGGAGGGGAAACCAUACUCAGUGAGUGGUAGGACUGGAAUUGAUAGCCCAACCAAUGUGGCAACUGAUCGAGUGACAGAGGAUACAGCCACUAUCUCAUGGAAUAAAGUUGAGGCUCCGAUAGACAGGUACAUGGUGAGAUACACCUCAGCUGAUGGAGACAUCAAGGAAAUAGAGGUGGGAAGUGAAAAUGACAUCAUCACCUUACUGGAUCUGAAGCCAGGCAUGGAAUAUGCCAUCCACAUCUGGGCAGAGAAGGGACCCCAGCGGAGCAAGAAGGCAAACACCAGUGCUGUGACAGAAAUCGACAGCCCAGCUGAGCUGUUGACUGACCAAGUGACAGAGGAUGCAAUCACUGUUUCUUGGAACAAAGUCCAGGCUUCAAUAGACAGAUACAGAGUGAGCUACACCUCGGCUAAUGGGGACACAGAGGAGAGAGAGGUGGAGAAAGACAAGAAUGUCACUACCUUGGCAGGGCUGAAGCCAGGCACGGAGUACGUCAUUUACAUCUGGGCAGAAAAGGGAGAACAACAGAGCAAGAGGGCCAGCACUGAGGCUGUGACAGAAAUCGACAGCCCAGCUCACCUGGUGACUGACCAAGUGACAGAGGACACAGCCACCAUCUCCUGGGACAGGGUUCAGGCUGUCAUAGAUAGGUACGUGGUGAACUACACCUCUGUUGAUGGUGACACAGAGGAGAUGGAAGUGGGAAAGAACGAGACUACCACGACUCUGACAGGACUGAAGCCUGGCAUUGAAUAUGUCAUCUUCCUCUGGGCAGAGAAGGGAACCCAGCACAGCAAGAGGAUCAGCACUGAGGCAGUGACAGAAAUGGACAGCCCAAAGAAUCUGGUAACUGACCGAGUGACAGAGGACUCAGCCACCAUCUCCUGGGAUAGCGUCCAAGCUCCCAUAGACAGGUAUAUGGUGAGCUACGCUCCUGCUAAUGGGGACACCAAGGAAAUAGAAGUGGGGAAGGACAGGAGCAUUACCACCCUGGCAGGAUUGAAACCUGGCAUGAAGUACACCAUACAUCUCUGGGCAGAGCUGGGAAGCAAGCAGAGCAAAAGAGUGAGCAUUGACACGCUGACAGAGAUUGAUCCUCCCAAGAACCUCCGUGUAUCGGAUGUGACUCAUUCUACUGGUGUGGUUAGCUGGACUCCUCCUGCAGCACAGAUUGAUGGCUACACUCUGACCUACCAGGGUCAAGAUGGCAUGAGCAAGGAAGUACAGCUGAGUCCUAGUGAACAACGGUUUGCGCUGGAACAACUGGAACAAGGAGCGAGUUAUACCAUCUUUGUGAUGGCCUACAAGGGAGAUCGCCAGAGCAGACAGAUAGACAGAACCUUCUCAACAGUUGGCUUUCUCCACCCGUACCCCGCGGACUGCAGCCAGAUGCAGCAGAACGGAAAUGCCUCCAGCGGCAUGUACACCAUUUACCUGAACGGGGAUGGCAGCAGGCCAAUGCAGGUGUACUGUGACAUGAUCACUGAUGGAGGCGGUUGGAUAGUGUUUCAGAGGCGGAGCACUGGCGAGCUGGACUUCUACAAACGCUGGAAAAAUUAUGUGGAAGGCUUUGGAGAUCCCAGUGGGGAAUUCUGGCUUGGUCUUGACAGGCUGCACAAUCUCACAAGCAGCAGCCCCAUCCGCUAUGAGCUCCGGGUGGAUUUGCGGACAGCCAGCGAGUCUGUCUACGCUGUCUACGACUUCUUCCAGGUUGCCUCGAGCAGGGACAGAUACAGGCUGUCGGUGGGGAAUUACAGAGGCAAUGCUGGGGAUGCAAUGACCUACCACAAUGGCUGGAAGUUCACAACGUGGGACAGAGACAACGAUGUGGCUCUCAGUAACUGUGCUCUGACACACCAUGGUGCCUGGUGGUAUAAGAACUGCCACUUGGCCAACCUCAAUGGGAAAUAUGGGGAGAACAAACACAGUGAGGGGGUGAACUGGGAGCCAUGGAAAGGCCAUGAGUUCUCCAUCCCUUUUACUGAGAUGAAGAUCCGUCCUCAGUCUUCCAGUAAUGAGCCAAUCUUGGGGAGGAAGAAGAGAUCUCUAUCAGGGAAGAGGAAGAAGAUCAGGGCUUAAAUCAAACUCUGUGCAGGACAGUACCCAAAGAUAAUGAUUCAGUAUUUCUUAAUGAAGUUAGAUUCAGACAGCUUUCUCCAAUACAUUGGAGACAACCGCUGACUGACGUGCACCCAGAGACCUCUGGAUCUGCAGGCCCAGCCUGCUUCCAGCCUUCGGAGCUCCUGAUGGGUGAUCUGUCAGAGACUGGGAGGGGGCUUGUGGCGAGCAUCCAACUUGUAGCUCCUCUGGUUGGCUAAACAUGACAAGGACCUGCUUGAUCCAAUGUAUGCAACUCCUAUGAACUUGACAUAAAACAAGUUUUUAUCACAUGAUGUUGUUUCUCAAAAUCCAGGCUAACUCUUCUGAAUUCUGCCCUUUCCUGGUGCCAUCCACUUCAGACUUCAAAAACUUAAAUUUGAUCCCACUAAAAAAUAAUAGCUCCUUAAUUUACAUCAGAGAGAGCUUUCCUGAGACCAUCCCCUCUCCCUGUCUUGGUCUGUGGAAAAAGUUCCUUUCUCCUCAUAAUUUGGGGCACAUUCCCAACUCUGCCUCCAGUCAAAGAGCUGGGUUUUGGGAAAUGUUGUCAGACUGCUGGCAAGGCUCGUUAAUCCAGGUGAGGUCUGUAGCCUGGGUUCCUCAGCCUCUAGUAUCGCAUCUCUCCAGGUGAUUUGCUCUAUAUUUUCCUUGUCUUGUCUCUCAGCCCAAAGAAAAGCCUGAGAGGACAUGCAGUGAGUUUAUGUUCACGGUCCCAUGUGAGGCCCAGAACAGGGUGAGCGUUAAGGGCUAUACUCCUCCAAGCUCUGCUCACCGUCCCAAGCCCGUCUCUGCACACUGCUUGCCUAAGAGGCCACUUGCAGACCGUGAACAAAAUUCCCUAUGCGACUGUCCCAUCUGCCACCUCCUGAUUUUUCGUUGGCAGUGUGGUAGCUAGUGAUGUGGAAAUGAUAAUGCUUGUCAUCCUCCUCUAAAAUGAACAUCUCUAGUUAAACCCAUCCUGCAUGCUCUCUGUCAGGCUUUUUUCUCUGGCUGUCUGCAGAUUCAAGUGGGCCCCAGUGCAUGGUUUCACAUUUGGCUGCUUUUUCUCCUCACAGCUGUAACGGUGAGUUUUUAUUUUCUUUCCCUGAGCAGAUAUUAAAAUUCUGGGCCACCAGCUACAGCCAGGGAAGAAGUAUGAGCUCACCAAAUGAUGCUUGCUAAAAGGCUUCCUUGUCUGAGCAGAUUGGAACAUGAUUGUCCUAUGUCUUAAUGGCCUUUCCUAUCCCAGUGCUAA